AUAGGAAGGCGGCAGCCAGUGAUCACAUGAACUCAUUCCUUCAUUAACGUUACUUUUUACCUUUUAUUGUCGUUGAGGAAGGAACUAUUAGAAAAGCAACUGGAUAUACAAAGUGUGAUGAUGAUGAUAAAUUUAACAUUCUUCUUUAUUUUAACGUUAGUAAUUAGUUUACAUUCUGUAAAAAGCCAGUGUACCAGUGAGCAUGAUAUAGGGCAACCAAAAACAGAGGAUGCAGAUAAAGAUGAUUAUAGUAAACAAACAGUGAACGUAGUCCUAAAUUUAAAAGAUCAAUACCAAUUCAAAUGCUGUGGUUUUAUAAAAGCAUGGGAAAUGUUUGUCAGCCAGGAUUCCGCAAUAGGACGAAAAGUCAAAGCACAAGUUUGGUACCAGGAUGGUACAGGGACUGAUUGGACUUGGCGAGGGGAAGAUAUUAUUGAAGUCACCAAUGUCAAAAAGAUAAAUGUCGAAGACAUAUCAGGAACAAUAAUACGUCCCUUACUUGGCGAUUAUAUAGGAUUCUAUGAAUUUGAAGGAUCUGUUAUCACAUACAAAGAUAAUAAUAACAAUGGUCAAUACAAAACAACUACCUUUACAUCAGAUCAGACAACAUUUGACUGGGACUCAGUAGCUGUUGGCGACAAAAGAGACCAUGCCAUUCAUGCUACAGUAACUCCAAGUAUAGCACCAACGUUUACUAACCUGGAUGAUACCGUUGCCAUAAGUAACAAUGAAGUUGCAGGAACUGUUGUGUUUACCCUAGCUACAAGUGACAGUGAUCCUGAGGAUGCUGGAGAAUUGACUGUAGCCCCUCCUACAAGCACUGGAUCUGCUUUAACUUUCUUUGAGCUUGACCUUAUUACUUGGGAAGUUAAAAUUAGGUCUGGUGUUUCACUUGUACCUGGCGAUCAUUUGUUGGAAUUCACAGUUCGUGAUCCAUGUUUGAAAUCGUCGACCAACAUUCUGACGAUACGUGUUGAGAAUGAACCACCAGUUAUUACAAGUUUGGCUACAAGUAGUUCAAAGACUAUAUCUGAGGACUUAUCAUCAGAGACAUUACUUCAUACUCUUAUUGUCACGGACACACAGCCUACCACUUGUUCCCUAGUGUCUACAGACGUUCCAUUUGUCAUCAAACGUAUUUCUGGUAGUACAAAUUAUGGUAUAUUCUUAUCAACCGGAGCAUCCUUAGAUUACGGGAAACAGAAUGCAUAUGUCCUAGACCUAUCUUGUAGGGAUGGUUAUGAUGACACAACGGGCAUUUAUACUGUCUAUCUUUUACAAAAUGAGCCUCCUUCGAUAAAUGGACUUCCUAGAGCUACAGAUAUACAAGAGGACGUAAUCGUAGAGACAACUCUUUACACAUUUUCUGUGACAGACACAGAAAGUACUGUUGUAACAUGUUCUGUCACAGUAAUUACUCCAAAUACAAAUAUUAUAUUUAUGAAGCCAUCUACAAAUUUUAAUGAAUUUGACAUAAUUUUGCAGUCAAACCCAAGCCUUCGAUACGAUCUGGUAAGAACUUACAGAAUCGAUAUUCAGUGUAGUGACGGCCGACGCUCCGAUUCCAAUGUCUUCUUUAUGAACGUCUUACGUAACAAACCAACGGUAUUUGUGAAUCUUCAAAAUCUAACAUCAGUGUCGAGUAUUGCAACGUACAUUGGACAAAAAGUCUUUGACGUUGAUAUUUCUGACCCGGAAAAUGAUCAGGUGGAGUUCUCCAUGUUUUGUGUACCAUCAGCCAACUGUCCAUUCGAAAUAUAUCACUCUGGUGAAAUAGUGCUUAAGCGGUCAAUAGAAGGUGAAUUUAUACCAGCCUAUGAUUUAUACGUUCAUGUAUCCGAUGGAAAGUCGACAACGGGACCUAGAUCAUUGACAGUCCAUGUACUAGAUAUCAACUACGUACCUGUUAUAAGAAAUCUACCAUUGCCGUCUGCUUUAGUAGUGUCCGAAAACUCCGGCCUGGGUUUGGGUAUAUUUCAAGUAUCCAUACAAGACAAUGAUGGUGCAGAUACACACACAUAUACAAUGACGUCAUCACCCUCUGAUGGAGUAUUGUACUUUGAUGUCAAUUCUGCGAAUGGCCUUUUUAGUACAUCUGCAUCAACUAAUAUUAACUUUGAAGGCGUAUCAUCAACUUCUUUUACUUUUACAAUAACAGUAACGGACACAAAAGAUUCUGCAUCUCAGAAUCUAUCUAUUAGUAUAGCCAAUCAAAACGAGGCUCCUGUGUUUACAAAGAAAGCAUACGCUCUAAGUGUUGAUGAAGGUGUGGCUGGUACUACUCUAGCUGACCCUAGUUAUCUCUUCCAAGAUGAGGAUAAUGGUGACACGCAUAAGUUUUCCAUGACCUGCGCAUCAAAUGUUGGAUAUUUUUCGAUAUCUCCAACAACAGGUUUCAUCAGCCUCGCUACUGAUAUUGAUGUUGAUGCUACUGGAUCUGCUACAUCAUUUACUUGUACCGUGACUGUGUCAGACGGUUCUUUAACCGACAGUGCAUCUUUAACCAUUAAUGUAAACAAUAUCAAUGACAAUACUCCAAGGUUUUCGAAUAAUCUUUUUACCUACUACUUGGAUAUUAAUUACCCUCUUAACUCUGUUUUUGGUUCCACGGUUGCAACUGAUGCCGAUACUGGAGCUUUUGGAAAUUUCAUUUACAGCAUUGACCAAACUUCUUUAGGAACAGAAACAUUUGGAAUUCAAGCAAAUGGAGAUUUAUACUUAAAGAUUUCUUUAACAAGUUAUGGUUAUGGUUCAAGUAUUAGCUUUAUUGUUCAGGCAACAGAUACUGGAAGUCUGCAAGGAACAGCAACAGUUUUUAUCGUCAUACCACAAACGACAACAACCACCACAACUACAACGGACCGACCUAUUACUUUUUGGGAAUACCCUGCUAAUCCCGCGUGGGUAAUUGUUGCGGGUAUUCUUGGACUUAUAAUCAUGGUGUUGCCUUGCUAUAUGUGUUACAAAAAUGGAUUUUCUUGUACAUGGAGAGGGAGACCUGGUGACUACCGAGACAGAAUUCAAGAACCGUCUGAAAAUAGUAAAACGCACAAUAAUAUCACAAGAUCUAAUUGGAAAGCGUGGAAAUGGUAUGAGCAGCAGUAAAUGAAAUGGAGGAAGGAGAAAUACAAUGAUUGUUUUAUUGUAUUUUUUUACAGGACAACAAAAUAUCUAUAAAUGUUGAUACUUACAUGUAUAUAUAC